AUGACACCCAACUACUCUCUCUACAGCAUCCCGGUGUACUGGGUGCUAGCUCUCUUUCCGCACGCUUACGCGGUGCAAACUGUCAAGAAUGCAAACAACAAGAAAUGGAAUAAUGCCAACCCACGCGGUCUGGACACGAACGCCCAGUACCAGAAGACUUGUCCCACCGAAGUUUAUGCGCGAUUCGAAAGAGCUGAGGCAGCGCAUAAGAAUUUGUUGGAGAACGCGCCGCUGUUCAUAGGAGCUGUUGUUGUGGGCAAUAUGAUGGGUCUUCCUGCUGAUACGAUGAACAACGCAGCUGGAGCUUACCUUGGUUUGCGCGUCGCGUACAUUUUUGCUUACAUCGGCAUCACCAGGCAAAAGUACUCGUAUCUGCGCUCGAUGAUCUGGGCUAUUUCGACCGGUGUUCUAUUCCGGCUGUUCUGGAAAGCCGGAAACAAGCUUACAGCUCAGGGUUAA